UGUCCCGCUUUCCACCGCAACAGUUGAUCGGAGCGCAGCGCCGCUCGUCAGGACGCAGCGUCGGACACGUUGACCAGCCGGAGCCGCGGCACCGAGAGGCGGAGGACGAGCAGCAGCACACCGCAGCCUCUUCGCAGGAUAAUAUUCCUCCGAUUUAUCCUUUUGUUUUCGCUGGAAUAACUCGCCUUCGUGUCGGGAAUCUGCCGCCGAGCGUCGCGGCGCGGAGACGUUAUAUAAGGCGGAUAACGGACAGAUGAGCCCGUGUGGCGGCGGCGCGGCGCUAAUCACCGAGCAGAGCUGUUAAAGGAAACCUCCAGCCUCUAACUCGUUCAUGUGUGUGCGCUCGGCCGCGGUGACACGUUCAGGCUAACUGUGUUGCCAAUGCUGCUCCAGUCCCUGCUGUGGUCGGACUUAGCUAAGGCGGCUAACCAGGACGCGCUGCUGCCGCAGAUGAGCGUAGCGGAAUGAUGAGCAGAACCAACCUCCAGCAGCGCUAAUGGGUCACAUUCACGGCCAAAACCUGCUCAGGAUUCGCUUUGUGUGAUCUUCAAACCAAGCCUCGGUGUCGGUUCGUCCCCGCAGAGCCGCCGGGCCCCGAAAUCAUUCAUCCAACGGUCCAGGACGCGAAGAAUGGGCCCGUGUCUUAAUUUGGACAACAAAGAAUUAGGCUACUGAGCGGGGUAAGCUGGUUAGAUAAGCUGUUCGAGCUGAGCUAGAAGGCUGCUCCACCGAUCAGCCGCACCGUCUGGACCCAACAGCGAACCGGACUCCAUCUCUGCCUCGGCCGGAGCCCUUUCUGCCGGUUUUUGUCGCCCGUGCGCCGCCACAAUGGGUAGUCCCGCCGGGCCGGUGGAAGUGGAGCCCAUGCCGGGCUACUUGGACUUGAUCAGCAGAGCCUCCACCGUCAUGCUGCGCGCCUGGAGGGACUGUGGCAGCUGCGGGCUGGAGCUCUCCAAACGGACUCUCCUGGAGAACGCGUACAUUACCUGGACCGAAAUCGCCCUGUUUUUCUUUUGCGCCUAUUUGUGGACGCAGGUCAGGAAGGGACUGACACAAAGUCUGUUUAAGCCUCUUGCACAGUGGUGCAGGCUGCUGCCCAAAGAUGCUGCCAAGAUGCCGGAGAGCGCGUGGAAGCUGGUCUUCUACACCAUGUCGUGGUCCUACACCACCUACCUGCUCUUCUUCACCUCCUACUCCUUCUUCCACGACCCGCCCUCCGUCUUCUACAACUGGAAGAGUGGUAUGUCAGUGCCUACAGACAUCGCCAUAGCCUACCUGAUCCAGGGCAGCUUCUAUGGCCACUCCAUCUACGCCACCGUCUACAUGGACGCCUGGAGGAAGGACUCGGCCGUGAUGGUGGUCCAUCACAUCAUCACGCUGGCGCUCAUCAGCUUCUCCUACGCCUUCAGAUACCACAACGUAGGGAUCCUGGUGUUGUUCCUCCACGACAUCAACGACAUCCAGCUGGAGUUCACUAAGCUCAACAUCUACCUGAAGUCCAGAGGAGGCGGUUAUUACCUGCUCAACGACAUUCUGUCCAACACCGGCUCCGUCAGCUUCAGCAUCACCUGGUUCUGGUUCCGUCUCUACUGGUUCCCCCUCAAAGUCCUGUACGCCACAUGCGUGUCCAGCCUCCAGUCCGUCCCCAACAUCCCCUUCUUCUUCUUCUUCAACGCUCUGCUCUUCGCCCUGCUGCUCAUGAACAUCUACUGGUUCUUGUUCAUCGUGGUUUUCGUGGUGAAGGUGCUGAAGAUGAAGGAGGUGAACGACGUGCGGGAGUACGAGGACGAGGACAGCGGCAAGGCGGCGGCCAGCAGAGACGCUCAGGCAGCGAACAGCGAGGACGAUGCAGGACAUCACAACUCUGCCCAGGGGAAGCACGUGCAGAACGGCAUCGCCAAGGAGAAGCAUCUAUAACCGGCUCCCCGACGCCACCACCUGGCCGCGGGCUGCAAGUGCACGACGACGACGACGACGCGAACAAGGGAAGAGCGUCGCUAUUGGAAACAGGAGGGUGGGGGAGGGGAGGGGAGGUAUGGGGGGGAGGGGGUAAAACACACAAACAAAA